AUGUCCGCCCGCUCCCGCACAGCUGGUGGGAUAGCGGAUCGUCAUGCUCUCCUCUCCGCGUACGGCUAUGGUGCUCCCCCUCCUGCCCAACCUCCUCUAGGUCGAACCGCUUCACCCUUUGAGGACCCUUACUCCCAACCUUCCUCCUCCAGCUCCUCCUCCUUACCUCCCAGAUUUGACGCAAAGAAACACGACGACGCGCCGCCGCCGGCUGCAACGGGCAAGCCAUGGGGUGGGUGGGGUACACAGUCCAGGUUGGCAGAACAGUUGGAAGAGGGCAAUGAUGCGAGGUUGGAGGGGUUGAGCGACCGGGUAAAGAUAUUGAAGAAUAUCACAAUGGGCAUCGGACAGGAGGUUAGGGAGGGGACGGCCGAUCUUAGCACGUUGUCAGAAGCAAUGUCCAACGCCGGAGCUCUAUUGGGCAAUACCUUUACGAAGAUGAACAAGAUGGCCAGGAGGCAAGGCGGUUGGUGGUGCAAUAUGAUGUUGUUCCUCCUCUUCGUAUGCUGGUUGUUUGUGAGUAGCUCGCGAGGGCGGGGGGGGAAAAAAUGCCCGUGUGUCGAGGGAGCAUACUGA